CUGGGGGUGGGGAGAACUGCCUCUAGAUGGAGAGGAGACACACAUGACCCUUGGCAAAUGGUGACUCAUAAAGAUAAAAAUGGAAAUCCCAUGUUAGGAUGAGUUGUUUAAAUUGGACAAGCUAACUGUAGGGUGAAAAGGGCCAAGGAAAAAUACCCUGACUUGACCCUAGGACAAGGGCUUGAAAUCACAACAAUCCUUGAGCUCUCUUCAGAGUCAGGCUGCAAAAUCCCACCAGUCCCUGAGGUCCUUGAGCAUGAAAUGCCACCAAUCCCUGAGUUUGCCCCAGAAUCAGACCACUAAAAUCCACCAUUCUCAAUCCACCCUGGAAAGCUCUGCCUCCCAAGAAAUCCUAUAUAAGGAAGACCAAAAUGCAACUCACUUCACCUCGGAAUCCUUCCCCUUACAGUGCUUGCCUUGGUCUUCUUUGGGGCAGGCUCGGUUGCAGGACAGAUGUCCCUCUCUGAUUCCACAAAUGGGGCUGGAUGCCCAGUCAUAUGGCCCUAGCUGUGAAGGUGGACCUGGAGAAGGAGAGGAAGGCAGGCCUGGGGUCUGGACUGCAGCCCUCUCUAGAUGCAGACGGUCUGUGAACACUCACAGAGUAAAGAUACUGCCAUGUCUACCGAGGCUUCUGCAUACACAGCCAGGCAGUAGUCCCUGAUGCGGUCUUGGGGCUGUCUGCAGCUGCUUCAGGUGUCCAGAUGCAGGCCUUGUCCCCAGGGCCCUUCUUGCCACCUCUUCUUCCAGCAGGCUAUGGGUUCCUGAGCCACAGAAGCCAGAUAUUGGGAGACCCAGGACCUGUGACAAGCAUGACUGUCGGAGAGCUGGAUGACCGGGAAGUUGUAACCCUGUCAAGGAUGGCCUAUGCCCAGCCACAGGUGCUAACACCCAGUAGGAAAGAUGUUCUUGUCCUGACCCCUUGGCUGGCUCCCAUCAUCUGGGAGGGGACCUUCAACAUCGACAUACUGAAUGAGCAGUUCAGGCUUCGCAACACCACAAUUGGACUGACGGUGUUUGCCAUCAAAAAGUAUGUAGUGUUCCUGAAGCUGUUCCUGGAGACGGCAGAGCAGCACUUCAUGGUGGGGCACAAGGUCACCUACUAUGUCUUCACUGACCGUCCAGCUGACGUGCCGCUGGUGCCCCUGGGUACAGGACGGAAGCUGGUGGUUCUAACUGUGCGCAACUACACCCGCUGGCAGGAUGUGUCCAUGCACAGGAUGGAGAUGAUCAGCCACUUCUCAGAGCGACGCUUUCUGCAUGAGGUGGAUUACCUGGUGUGUGCAGAUGUGGACAUGAAGUUCAGUGACCAUGUGGGUGUGGAGAUUCUCUCAGCACUCUUUGGUACCCUGCAUCCUGGCUUCUACAGUAGCAGCCGAGAGGCCUUUACCUAUGAGCGGAGACCACAGUCCCAGGCCUACAUCCCCCGGGAUGAGGGUGACUUUUACUAUGCAGGGGGCUUCUUUGGGGGGUCAGUGUUGGAGGUGCACCAUCUCACCAAGGCCUGUCAUGAGGCUAUGGUGCAGGACAAGGCCAAUGGCAUAGAGGCUGUGUGGCAUGAUGAGAGCCAUCUGAACAAGUACCUGCUAUACCACAAGCCUACAAAGGUGCUGUCCCCAGAGUAUGUGUGGGACCAGAAGAUGGGCUGGCCGUCCAUCAUGAAGAAGCUGAGAUAUGUGGCUGUACCCAAGAACCAUCAGGCAAUCAGGAACCGAUAGCUGAAUUCCUGUUGGGGAGGCCAGACCUAUUCCAAGGGCACUCCAGGCUGUGUGGAACUGGAUGGAUUUCAGAGACAUUGGUGAAGUGUCACCUUCCAGCAGCCCUGGUACCAACCCCUUUGGCUCACCACACACUGAGCCCCUGGAGUGGCAGCCGCCUUCAUCUCCCACUGUGUCCCUAAUCUCCUCUUCAGGGAAAUGGUAGCCAGAGCCUCCAGAACAUGGGGAAACUCUGUCAUGCAGUUACCUGAGGGCCUGAGCAAACUCACACAGGCAUGUGCCUUCCUCUGCUGGGAGGCAUGACAGAUGGCCAGUGCCCUUAGGAAUAGGCAGGAGGGCAGGGAGAGUCACAGCCUGCAGGCCUCAGAGGUGCUUAGCUCCUCCUGUUCAGCCCAAGUUGGCAGACCAGCACCUUUGCUCAUUUUUGGUUCAUUUGUAAAUAGCUAGUUAUCCAUUCUGGGAAUAAAUGUAUUUCUAGAUGAUA